UUCGAAUUCCGCUGUAACGCUUCUCCGACAAUUUCCUCUGCUGGAGCACUUCAUUCUGCAAAAACAAGAGCCAAAACCUCAGCAAAACCCUCGCAUGGCGGUUUCUUCUCCUAUUCUUCCUGUUUCCUUGCUUUCUUCUUCUAUGCCACGACGCCUUCCGCUUCUCAAUCCUUUUUGUUAUCUUUGCGUCUCCAUGAAUAGAAUGACUGCGCGAAGGCGCCUCUUCAUUUCAGCGAAGGCCGUCUCUCUCCAGAGCAGAAAAGAGAUCGAGACCGUCAAUAUCGCUGAAGACGUCACCCAGUUAAUUGGGAAGACACCGAUGAUUUAUCUGAACCAUGUGGUUGAAGGUUGCGUGGCUAAUAUUGCUGCAAAACUUGAGUCUAUGGAACCAUGUAAAAGUGUCAAAGAUCGGAUUGGAUUCAGCAUGAUAAAUGAUGCUGAAGAGAAGGGGCUUAUUUCUCCUUUGAAUAGUAUUUUAGUUGAACCGACUAGCGGGAAUACUGGAGUCGGUAUUGCAUUUGUAGCUGCAGCUAGAGGAUACAAGCUUAUUGUAACAAUGCCUGCUUCCAUAAAUCUAGAGAGACGGGUUCUUCUUCGUGCAUUUGGUGCGGAGAUAGUUUUAACUGACCCAGCAAAAGGUCUAAAAGGGGCUGUUGACAAAGCGGAACAGAUAGUGUGUCAAACACCAAAUGCAUACAUGCUUCAGCAAUUUGAUAAUCCAGUCAACGUCAAGAUACACUUUGAAACCACAGGCCCGGAAAUAUGGGAGGACACAAUGGGUGGGGUUGACAUAUUCAUUGCAAGUAUAGGCACAGGUGGAACAAUCACAGGGGCUGGUCGUUACCUGAAGACAAUGAACAAGGACGUAAAGAUAAUUGGUGUGGAGCCUUCUGAAACUAGCGUCAUUUCUGGGGACAAUCCAGGCUAUAUGCCGAGUAUUCUUGAUGUUAAAUUGAUUGACGAGGUUAUAAAGAUAAGCACUGCUGAAGCUGUGGAAGUGGCUAGAACCUUAGCUUUGAAAGAAGGCUUGCUGGUUGGUAUUUCCUCAGGAGCUGCUGCUGCAGCCGCCAUUCAUGUGGCAAGGAGGCCAGAAAAUGCAGGAAAGCUGAUUGCUGUUAUUUUCCCCAGUUUUGGAGAGAGAUAUAUAUCGACGGUUCUUUUCCAUCCUCUUCAUGAAGAAGUUCGGAAACUGGGGAAGAGGUGAGUCCUGAUAUCCCCAAUGCUUUUAAGAACAGAAAACUGAGAAAGUAAGCAUUCCAGCUCUGCUAAUUCUGCUUAUUAUUCCAGUAGCAGAACAUUAAGCCUCAUACGGGCUGCUAUAAAUAGAAAAAAGCAAAGUUUAUGCGUUAGAUAUGUAAAUACAUAGAAAUACCCCUACUGGGAUUUAUAUUCAUAUUGUCUAUUAGAAAUAUUAUGAUUUUAAUUUAGAAGAAUGCAAAAUCUCAACCUACAAUGGAUGUUGAAGUUAUGAAUUUAUGUAGUGUUUUUAAUAUGGUUUCUAUCUA